GCGUAGUGAGCUCGAGUCCGCCAUGUCUGAAUACUGAAAACUGACAGAAUAUGGAGUGUUUGUAUCACAAAUUUUUUAACAAUUAUGUGUGAAAUUCAUAAUAUUAAUCGAAGAUAAUCAAGAAUUCGUGUAAUGUGAGGAUGAGGUUUGAAGCCAUCAUCCUAGUAAUUCUAAGCGGCAUGGCUUGCUGUAUGCGACGCGGCCCCCACCACCCCCACGGGCACGGCGUAGAACAAGCUCACCAUCACUAUGUGCCAAGGGGAACGGAGAAGCUAACCCGGGAGUCAAAGCUGCUACAUGAUACCAAACAUAUCGAAGAGGAUGUACAAGAAUUGACUCCAGAAUUGUUGGCUAAUAUGACCCCGGAGGAAUUGGAAUUUCAUUAUUUUUCAGCACACGACUUUGAUAGGAACUCCAUGUUGGACGGUCUGGAAAUGCUAAAGGCAGUGUAUCAUACAAUGGAACACGAGCCUCACUCAGAUGUUGAAGAUUCCAUAGAGCCAGAAGCUAAUAAUAUUGCGACGUAUAUUGCGAUAGUAGACCGUACUCUAGAGACGGACGACACAGACGGCGACGGCUAUGUUUCGUACGCGGAGUAUCGCGCCGCUCGGCUUAACAACCCUACAGAGAGGACGCCCAGAGUUGUGGCCGCUGGCUCUAUAUAGCACAGG